UCAUUUGGUUGCAGGAAGAAGCGCUUUAAGGCUGAAAUUCAAGUUCGCUAUCACGAUCAGGACACUGCAGUGAGAAGGAGCGAAAAGCUUAUUACCGGUAAUGGGCUGUAUUAAUGUGACUAAUGUUGAUAAGCAAGAUGGUCACGACGAUUUCAACGUGGAUGUAGGUGAUUUGUGCUGAGGAUUUCGAUGUCAGCGAUGAGCCAGCAAUAUCUUCAUCUGUAAGCUUAAAUACUCGUCAUUAUGAAAGAUUGCAAAGAACAGAAGAUACAUGGGCUAAGUUACGGCAAGCUGCUCUUUCGACCACUUUCUAGAAGGAAGGUUCGUUUGUGAACAGCACGUUACUGAGGUGUCACUUCUGUGACUCGGAAAGUGGCAUUUGUCGUUCCUUGGACUGUAGUGCAACAGCAAAGUUUUGUGAAUUUUGUGCUACAUCAAUGCACACCGAAGUAAAUAUUCUCCAUAGUGUGGAAAUUCUUAAGGUACGUAAGUUGGUCAGAAGGUUUCCACAACAGAGUAGAUUCGUAGCUGCCAGACUCUUAAUUACCUGCUUCACCCGGCUGCUUUAAAUCUUUGUACUUGUAAAGCUGAUGUUUAUAAGCUUAAAAUAGCCCCAGAUUUUAUUUGUCAUUUUUCAUCUUUGAACUAUGUUGCUUGUCAGUUAUUACAAUGUCUUGCCAGGUUUUGCUUUUAGAUCCUUAAAUUAUGUGCAUUAGAAGCUCAUGGUUUCCUUGGUUGUUAUUUUUUUUAGUAUUAAUGAAGCUAUAUCGUGCUUACAUUGUAAAUUACAAUCACUUUUGACCACCUUGCCAGAUCAGAGAUUAGUUUCUCUGAGAGCAAAACAAACAAACGUUAAGCUCGGCGAGAUAGGAUCGGAGAAAACUAAUAUCAUUCAUGUGUAUCACUUAAAUUAAGGAUCAUGCAGGGGAGUUUUAAAUCAAAUCACUUUGGUUUAUUAAUCUAUUUAAACACUAAAACAAAAUGAGCUGUUAGUCAAUUAAUUAAUGUUUGAAUUUUUAUUCUUGGUUUAAUACAUAAAGUGCCAUAUACUAUCAUGACUUCUUGUUAUUCUAGGAGGAGAAUAUAAUUAUAUAUUUCCCUUUGAUCUUAGCAAGAACCCUGGUGCUGAACGGACAUCAGUGCCCAUCUGUUCAUUUGCGUAAUGUUUCUACCGUAGAUUCUCGAGGUAAGGAAAAAAGUCUUUUUAUGUGUCAACCCCAUGCAUGAUCUAGUAAAGCAGAUCAGAUGUAGCUCUAAAGCUGUUUUUUGUGUUUGUUCAAUAUAUAUGUACGGGACUUUGCUUGUAAAUUUAGUUAAACAUGUAAUGGAAAAAUGUACAGUAUAACACUAAGCAGUAUACAAUUUUAUAUUAACAAAAAUGUCAGACAUGAUGUACAUCCCUAAUAUUAAUGUACAAAAAGACGGAAUAGACGUACUGAACCAUAGAAGAAAACUGUAAUUUUAUUGUGACCAACAGUCAACCAACAGGCAACCUGACAGUGGGCCAACUGUUUAUCAACUGUCGAUCAACAAUUGGUCGACAGAUCUAGAUACAAUGCAUACCAUGGGUAUGAAUUGUCAUGAAAGUAAUUAUAUAUAUAUUAGCCUGUUGUUUGGCUACUUGGUUUUUAUUGUUUUCUCUGAGUGCCUAUGGUGUAUUAAUUAUCUUUGACAUGUAUGCAAGUGUUUAUAUAUGUGCACUGAUCUGACUGCAAUUGUUGUUUAACAAUUACUCAUAUAGCAUGAACAUCAGUUAAUAUCCCUUUUGUUUUUUCUUUCUUACAGGAUUUCAAGUGGUUGUUGCUGCUCAGUUUGUAGUUGUGAACCUGAUUUUUUACGUCUACUUAGGUUCAAUUUUUGGGGGCCACACCAACAAAGCCAGAGUUGGCAUUCACAAUGGAUUUGAUGAAGUUGCUGCUCACCCUUAAUCUUGAAUGCCAAGUGGCUGUAAAAGAAUUUUGUUCUGCGAUUCAGACCCUUGUUAAUGAUAUUAUAUCCUUUCCGGUAUUAAGAUAGUUUAAAAAUUAUGAAAUUCUUUUCUCCUUUGCUUUUAAAAACUGUCAUAUUGUCCAUAUAUGCUGUGUCAGUCAGUUUACUUUACUUUCUUUUAGCUAGUUAACGAAUAAUAUUUAGCCAUAAGGUUUUUUUAUGUACUAUUUUAGAACGAGAGGAAAUUAUAUCCAGUUAUUAUUGACAGACUCGAAGUGUUCAGGUUAGUAAUAAGACUUAUUUAAUAUAAUAUUAUAGUAAUAGACUAGUUGUUUCCUUAUAUAUUAUUCAGUGAAGUGGAGGUGGCUUGUGGAUAUUUAGCGAGCUGCAUUUGAAGUGCUAGGUUAGGUGAAUAGUAUUGUUUUGCUAUGUACACACUGUGCUAAAACAAUUACAUGAUAUAUAAUUGAGCUCACGAAUGAAACAGAAUUUAAUUGCCAUCUUUGUGAACGUCCAGAUCACAGCUUCUUCAUUAUAAAUAUGGUAGCAGAAUAACUGGUGGGAAUAAGCACUGGGUGGUUUGAGUAGCCAAACAAAGAGCAAAAAGCACCAAUUAUAUCCAUUUGUUAAGUGUAUAAUGAUACUUACUGUCAGUAGUUGAUAUUUUUAUGUCACAGCUGGUCUCUCCUAUAUAAAGAUGAAGCGAAGCUCCUAGCUAAUCAUAGUGCUCUAUUUUCAAUAAUCAUCAAUGUAGUUAUGCUAAUGGUAUGUAUUAUGAUAUCAGUGGUUGACAUUACCUUAUUGUCGAUUGGUGGUUGGAUAGUUAUCGCUGUAGAUGGUCAGUGAUUCGUCAAACCUGAUCAUGGUAUUGAUGCUACAUGUGUAUGAGAGGUGUGGCUGCACUGAGAAUAACCAAUGGGAUGUGAACUUUUUAUUACAACAUCAUGUUCCUUUUGUAGACAUCUUUUAAGGGAGUUAUUACAUGUAACACUCUUUCCCAUGUGGUGACCUGUACAUUGUACUACUGCAUAGACAAUAUUUAACUCUGAUGGUUCACUAACCAUUAGGUUACUUCUCAGCAUUUUGUAUUGCAUUGUCAUUUUGAAUCAGGCUGGAACGCGUUUUAUUUGAAUUGGAGAACACAGAUGGUGUAAGUCAGCGCUGUACCACUUCUUGUGUGGAGUAUACAACGGUAUGAGAUGCUGCUUGUGACAGAAGCAAAAAGGUGGCAUUGGUCGAUCUGCAUACUAAAGUUAUUGAGCGGUGGUUCUUGUUGAGUUUGAUAUCAUUUGAUAUAUGAUAAAAAGUGUAAUCAUAACUAUAACAAAGUUCUCAAAUCUGACUGGCUAUCAACUGUCCUGAUUUCAGCCUUAAUAGGACAGUACGCACCAUCACGCGCGCUUAAAUGUUUUUUUUUUUUUUCACUGCUAGCCGAAAAAAGAUUGGAAUUUCUUGUGUUUCGAUUUAAAAAAAGAGCCUUAUAUAUCACAAGUUUUGUUAAAGUUAUGAUUAAUUUUUAACAGAACUUCCUGUGGUCCAAUUUGGUCUGUAAUCAUGCUCAUGAUUAAACAAAUCAAACUCCCGCAACUCGGUCCUCCGAUUUUGUUAAGCACUCGUAUGAUUACAGACCGAAUUGGACUCCACUCAGUCGUGUUACCAUUACUAAUUGUUGCGGUUAUGAUUCCAAGCUGCUAGAACGCAUUCUUGAGAAACAAGGACAUGGUCCGUUUUCAUGAAACGUUUGAUUUUAGUGACCCAUUAAAAGCAGUGUCUUUAUGAUUUCUUUAAACCUGCCAUCACGGCGCUAUCAACGUAGUACAGUUUUGCUUUGUCGAAAAUAUAGGCCAGGGCAUAAAAUAACUUGCUAGUCCUGAUGCUUUUGGGCUCGAGGACUAGACAAGUGUCAGGAAUUUCCCGUCUUAACAUUACGGGGUUUUGUCUUUUCACUUACUGUUUGAUUUUAUCUUUUUCUUGGUUUUUUCUUGAACUGUCUUCUGUCCUUAUCACUUAGAUGGCCAUGACCUUUCCAAACGGCUUUCCAAGCAGAUUUGUCCAGCAACAAAGAGCAUGCGAACCGCUCUAGAUAAAUUCAACAACCUAGAAUGCAGUAAUGCUUGCCCAUUCCCACGCUCCUUGGAGUUCGAUCAAGUGAAGAACCCGGAAGCAGACGUUUGGUUACGAUCGGAGUUUGUUGGUUCUGACUCGCCAGUACCCAUAACCGUUAGACGUAGAGCAAUCGAUCUGUACCAUCUGCUGGAUAGAGCUAAAGAAGAGGUGACCUUACCUCAGGAAGAGAUGAGAAACGUAGUUGAACACUUCAGCGGGCAGCACGCGACGUUUUCCAGUUCGUUAAAAGAUGCCACGAUAUCUCCUUUGUCCUUAGAGGAGUUAGGGAAAAAUAUAUUUCCGAAAAUGAAACUGGUGUCUUUGGAGGGACAGCUUUUAGAGGUGAAAAGAGUUUUCCAAGGUCACAUCGGAGAAGUCCCUCUCCCGAACUUAAUUUUUGAUCGAAACAGUAUUCCGUUACAGGACGAUGAAAACGAGGCUGACGAAGUGUCUGAGUUGUUGCUAACCCUCCCGGAAACAGAUGAGGAUGAAGUGGACAGUGAAAAGAAUGCGAGAGCGAUUAUGACGAUACCGACAGCACUUUUUUAG